UUUGCUUUGCUGAUUAGUUGUCAAGUCGAGCGGAGGUGUUUACAUCCUGCACACACUCGCAUCCUCAAUUUAUAACACACACCUUUAACUCACAACACAGCUCAGUGUAUGGACAUCGUCAUUGCUGACACUUCAGACAUGGUGCAUAACUCUACGUAUGGGUUCUGGGUGUUCCAAGGUUCCUCGGGGCUGUGGGGUGUGUUAGCAGCGAUCGCUGUGCUUCUGCUGUUGUCUUUCUGCUGCAAUAUUUUAUGCUGUGUACAAAAACGCCUCACAGCUAAAGGGAAAAGGUUUCUACCCCGAUUCAGGAGGAGUGUAAGCCUGAAAAACAGAGAGAUGGAGGAGAACCCGAUUUACGGCAACAUCACCUACACACAUACACACAGCGAUGAUAAACAGGAAGUGGAAUCUCCAGGCAAGCAGCUCUCCUCUGCUCGAGAAUGCUAUGCCAACCUGAGCCUGAGAGCUCCUAAACCAUCAGGGGGUCGUGUGUCUCCUCUGAGUAAGAUUCAGUACUCAGAUGUUCUGGUGAUCUGUGAGGACCAGGAGGAGAAGAAUGAGGAGGAUAAAGACUCCUGCUCUGGUCUCUCAGAUCUGUACGCCUCUGUGGAUGCAGAACGCAUGAAGAGCAAGAAGGAGCACAGCAACGAGCCAUACGCCAAUCAUGUGUGAGAUAUAUGGACACGCCCACCUGUUAUUAACCUCUAAUAAACCUGCGUAUGUCACAGUUCAGAACAUUAAUUAGGUUUGAACACCACCAUCAUCACCACCACCAUCAUCACCACCACCAUCAUCACCACCACCAUCAUCACCACCACCAUCAUAUCCAUCACCAUCAUCACCAGCAUCAUCAUAUCCAUCACCAUCAUCACCAGCA